CAAGGCACAAACUGCUUGAAAACAAAGAUAUGUCUAAUCUUGUAUAGUCGGUGCUUUAGGCCAAAGUUAAUAACAAAGGGACUAUUUUUAUAUUGUUCGGUUGUUAAAAGUAUAACUGCAGCAGUUUUAUUUUAAGAAUCAAAAUGCACGAUGCUUACGAAGAAACGUUGAUAUUAAAUAUUGCUGUGCAAAUAGAGUCUAUGGCUGCAUAUGAUGACAAUUUGUUAAUUGGUACUAGAGACGGUCACCUCUUUAUGUAUAAUGUACCAUCUGUAUAUGAUGAUAAUCACAAAUUAGAAUUACUGCGCCAUAGCAGAAAUUUUAACAAAAAACGUAUCAAUCAAAUAGAUGUUGUACCAGAACAUAAUUUGUUAAUAAUUUUAACAGAUAAUAUAGUAUGUGUUCAUGAUUUAAACUCACCAAAUUUUCAACAAAUUUCUCAAUUACAAAAGACCCGUGGUGCUACCCUGUUCACUUUAGAUGUACAAACAAGUUCUACUGGUGAAAAAAAUACAGUUGUACGUUUAUGUGUUGCUGUUAAACGUAAGCUACAGUUAUAUUCUUGGAAGGGAAAGAAAUUUGAAGAAUAUGGAGAGUUUGAACUUUAUGUAUCAGAUAUACCACGUGAACUAUCUUGGUGUGGUGAAUCAUUAAUCAUUGGAUUCCGUGGACUAUCGUACACAAUUUUGGAUUUAAAUGGAAAAACUAAAGAGUUAUUUCCAACUGGAAAAUCUCCUGAACCAAGUGUUACGAAACUAUCUGAUAAUUCUUUUGUAUUAGGAAAAGAUUCUCAGUCCUUUAUCAUGGAUGCAAAGGGUGAAUUGAUUCAACACAAUCCAUUAAAAUGGUCUGAUACACCAAGUGCAAUAGCUUGGGAUGAUCCUUAUCUACUUGGAAUUGUACAUGACAGAUUGGAAAUAUACACUAUAGAGGGUUGUAUGCAUAUUCAAACAAUAAAAGACUUGAACAAAGCCAGGCUAAUAUAUAGAUGCAAACAGGGGAAGGUUUUUGUGGCAUCAAUUAGUCAUAUUUGGUGUGUAAAUGGAGUUGAUGUAACACACCAAAUUAGAACAUUACUUGAACAAGAUCAGUUUCAGCUGGCACUGAAACUAACUAGUUUGUCAGAUAUAUCCGAAGAGGAGAAGAUUAAACAAACAUACAAAAUUCAGACAUUAUACGCUCAUCAUCUCUUUCAUAACAAAAGAUUUCAAGAUGCAAUGGAUUUAUUUUUAAAGUUAGGAACAGAUCCAUACGAAGUGAUCACGUUGUUUCCUCAUUUGGUUACACCAUCGACUAAUAAUUCUGAAGUCAGUGAUCCAUCUUUGCCCAAAUUACAAGAUCAUGACUUGGAAAAGGGCUUGCGCGCAUUAAUAGUUUUUCUUACCGAAGUUAGACACAAAUUACUCGGUGAUCCCAAAUCAAAGGAUAAGGAUAACAAUAAGGAAAAAGGUUUGAUAGAAGGAGAGAAAAAUAUGACAGCAGUAGCUACAGAACAACUCCUAAAAAUUAUAGAUACAACUUUGUUAAAAUGUUAUUUACAGACUACCGAUGCGUUGGUAGCGCCGUUACUUCGACUGAAUCAUUGUCACUUAGCGGAAGCUGAAAAGACUCUAUUAAUGCAUCAAAAAUAUCCUGAACUUAUUAUACUGUACCAAACUAAAGGGCAACAUAAAAAAGCAUUGGAACUCCUAGAAAAACAUGCGAAGGAAAAUGACUCUAGUUUAAAGGGUACUGAAAGAACAAUACAAUACUUGCAACACCUUGGAAAAGAUCACAUGGAUUUAAUUUUGAAAUUCGCUGGUUGGGUCUUAAAUGAAGAUCCAGAACAAGGACUUAGAAUUUUUAUGGAGGAUAUACAAGAAGUCGAACAAUUACCAAGACCAAAAGUGUUGGACUACCUUCUUCGUUGUCAUAAAGAUUUAGUUAUAACAUACUUAGAACAUGUUGUACAUGUUUGGGAAGAUACUAACCCAUUGUAUCAUAAUGUUUUAAUACAUCAGUAUAAAGAGAAAUGUUUAGCGUCUAUGAGCGAUACUGCAACACCUGCUGAGAAACAAACGGCGCAACACAUUCGACAGAAAUUACAACAAUUUUUAGAAAAAUCUGUUCACUAUACCCCAGAAACAAUAUUAGUACAUUUUCCUUUCGACAAUUUGUACGAGGAACGGGCAAUUAUUCUUGGACGACUCGGACGCCAUCAACAGACUAUAUCUAUAUAUGUUAGUCUCCUUAAUGAUAUAUCAAAAGCCAUUGAAUAUUGCAACAAUGUGUACGCCAAGUAUCAAAAGCAAGAAGGUACGGAUAAGCAGAAACAGUCUGAUGGAGCAGACGAGGUUUACAUAUUGCUUAUUCAACAGCUAUUGAAACCUGAUAACGAAGGACUUCCAAUGACAGGACGUAGCCCGGAAAUUCAAAGAACACCACAGCCCGACUUGGAAAUGGCCCUUCAGAUACUCGAAAAACAUGCAUCAAAAAUAAAUCCAUUGAAAGCAAUAGAGGUUCUGCCAGAUACGGUUCCUAUAGGUAGAAUCAAACAGUUUUUAGAAGUCAGUUUGCAGGAAAAGUUGAAUGCUAGGAGAAGGAUACAAGUAUUAAAAGGAUUAUUAUAUGCUGAACAUUUACAAGUACAAGAACAACGAAUGCAUUAUGAGUCGCAGAGUGUUCUUAUGACGGAAUUUAAUAUAUGUCCAGUAUGUAAAAAACGAUUUAGUAAUCAGAGUGCGUUCGCGAGAUAUCCGAAUGGUGAUAUUGUACAUUAUUCGUGUCAAGAUCGUAAAGUAUAAGCUACGUAUAGUUUAAAUAUGUUUAUUAUAUUAAUUAUUAAGUAAUGUAAAAUGUACCCUGUGAUGUACCUCUGCUCAUGCUACGUAUAUAAAUGUACACAUUUUCCAAUUGCCUUCCUACUGAAA